UGACACUGACACGGACGCGCACUCGGGAGCGCGCACUCGGGAUCCGGCGGUGACUCUCCUCCUCAUAAGAAGCAGGAGACGGUCCGGAUGCUCGACACAUCCCGGGGCGCACGGAGAGCGGAGUACAGAGGUGGUGGUGGUGGUGCCGCUGUCAGCCUGCAGCCAUAUGACUGAGCUGCUAUUAAAAGCAUAAACAACAACAGAGGAAACAACAACAAGAAUAAAACAAACAAACGCGGCAGGUGGUUGUGGUUGUGCUUUACAAUGGCUCUCUCCUGGAGUCUUCUCCUGGUGUUCUUGUUUGCCACCAUGGUACUGUCACACAGUACUGAGCCCGGAGCCCCUCACAACAAGAGGAGACAGGCGCAGACCACAGCAGGUGGCAGCAACAACCUACAGCACCCUCUGCAAGGUCAACAGGGCCACCGUUACAGCAGGGACCGUGGAGGGCACGGGGGCCCCCGAGCUGCCAAAGCUGGGCUGCUCUCCCACAGACCCCUACACCCUUUGUCUAGACCUGAGGAUGAUGGGACAGGCCUGGAGAGCUUGAGCCCGGUGAGACUGGAGAUGGGCCCGGGCAGGGACAGAGACAGAGUUCGAAUGAGUAUGAAGAAUCCAUCCCAGGCUCGGGAAAAUGACCUUCUGGGGACACGUAAAGGAAGGGGGCACGGACACGGGAAUGGGCACGGACACCACUUUGAGCACAGGAGACAAGGGAGUCGGCGUGAAAAGGGGCGGCAUGGAAAAGGGUUUCUUCCUGAGCCUGAGCUGAGCUCUGCGUUUAAGGACAGAGAUCUGUUCGAGGAUCCCCCCUUCUCCUUCUCUGCCGCCUCCCCCUCCCUCGGCAUGACCCCACCCAGUGAACCACCCUCCCCCAUUGCUGCCGUCUUUGGCUCUGGUUCCUCCAUGGUUACCACGGUGAUGAACGAGCAUCCCCCAACACUGCCCCCGGCCUCCACCAAACCCCAGAGGUCUGGAAGAGGAAAAGGACAAGGAGAGGUGUUUCCAACAUUGGACAUGGCGCUCUUUGAUUGGACAGACUACGAGGACAUGAAACCUGUGGACACCUGGCCGUCUUCCAGGAAGAAAGACAAGAGGCGGAGUAAGAACCUCAGCAGCGGAAAUGUGACUGUAGAUGCUGAUGCCAUCGAGCCGUGUGACCACCACCUGGACUGUCUCCCAGGUGCUUGUUGUGACCUGAGACAACAUGAGUGUAAACCUCACAACCGAGGCCUCAACAACAAAUGCUACGAUGACUGCAUGUGUGAGGAAGGGUUUCGCUGUUAUGCUAAAUUCCACCGGAAGCGGCGUGUGACUAGGAGGAGGGGUCGCUGUGUGGUACCAGAGUCAGUCAGCAGUGACCAAGGAGGCUUCAUCACUAUCUAAGGAGGAGGAGGAAGACAAGAUGGAGAAGCUUAACAAAGAGGAGGAACAGGAUAUAUGACCGCCAUGACAGACUAGAUAGUACAGCCAAGACAUCACACGACACUGAUAACAGACUAAGUGCUGAAAGGGGGCAGCUUGCUGGUUUUUCAAAUUGAUCCAACAAUGUAAAUCAUCUAAACGUCAACAUCUGACCACAAAAUAACAGGUGACUUAAUUUGAAAUAUUGUUUGAAUGUUCCAUUGUGGGAUCAAUCACACUUUCUAAUCCAGCAAAUCACCACCUUGAAGCACUUAUAUAAUUUGGUUAAAUCCAUACAUCAGUCUUAAUUCAGUUUUGGUCCCUGCAGCAUCAGUUACAGUAUGAUAUGCACAUGUUUUUAAAAGAAAAUAUAAAGAGGGACUUUCGCUGUAAACCCAUCAUUGAUUAUCUGUUGAGCAAAAGCAGAUUUUCAAAUGACUCAUGUUUUUUGUCCUGCAUCUGAUUGUCUGUCUCUGCUGAUCUGAAUCAAACAAUGUUUACAAAUCAUUUUUAGUAUUGGAUUACUGUGCUUUUAGCUGCUUCAGGAUCAUUCAAAUUCAGUCCAGUGAGCUGUCACUCACAUAAAUUACACCAAAAUGACUAGUUUCAUUGUUCUCUGCUACAUUUUAUUUCUACAUUUUUUAUUUUUGUUGGUAAAUGCUAUUUGAACCCAGUCUGUUGUCCUGUAUUGUAAAUAUGAAUGUGUUUAAAUUGACAACUUUUUGUUUAAUUGACACUUCUCUUCAAACGUACUUAACAGUAGAAUAAACAAAGAUGCUUGUUUGACCUUCCUUUUACAUGUCUUAAUAUAUGUUUUAUUUAUACUGUACUUAAAC